AUGGCUCCGGACGUCCGGCCGCGCCGCGACCUACAGACCCGAGCGCCGGCGCCGCGGAAGCUGCGCCGUCUCCCAGCAACCGCUGUGAGAUCCCGCACGAAAUAUCGAAGAUCCUCGCGAGACUCCGCCCACUUCUACAGGCCCUGGCAACAGCGGGAGCGCGUCCCUAGCAACAAGCCCUGGGCCCACCCAGGGUUUACGCGAGUCCGUGCCCAGGACAACCCUCCCGUAGUGAGAGGAAACCCAGGAACCCCUCUCAAGCCCUUCAGGAAUGUUUGUGGGCGCCAUCCGCAUCGGAACUUGGAUGCAAACUGCACGACUCCUGAACCCGCCUACCUGGCCUGGCCUCAGGGGCAUCCUUGGUUUCCUGGGGAUCCCAUCCCUUGGAGCCACUCCCUGAACUCGCUGGGGAUCCCCCAGCGGCACCAGCGGCCUCCUCUGAGACCCAAAGUGCUGGCCCGGGAGGUGCUCGGAAGCAGUGGGUCCGUCGCCGCUGUUUGCAAGCUGAGUACCGCAGAAAUAAUUAAGGAGGUUGAGGUGCCACAGGCUACCCUGAGCACCCCGGCCCAGGGGACAGGAGACAGCUGCCACUCGCCCGUGGCCGAGGAGGAGGUGGGCAUCUCAGGACCGGCGCCAGGGCUCCUGCAGGUGACAGAAAGGAGGCAGCCCCUGAGCAGCGUCUCCUCCCUGGAGGUGCACUUUGACCUCCUGGACCUCACCGAGCUGACAGACAUGUCCGACCAGGAGCUGGCCGAGGUCUUCGCAGACUCCGACGAUGAGAACACGGCCGGUGACUCGCCAGCAGGCCUGCACCCACUGCCCCGGGCCGGCUGUCUGAGAUCCCCGUCCUGGACACGCACCAGGGCCGGGCAGAACCGCGAGCAGCAGCCCCUCGGCAACUCUGAGCGGCAGCCAGCGACUAUGGACACGGUUCUCACUGUGGAGCCGCCCAAGGAGGACUAGGCCGGCCCAGCCAAGGCAGGGGAACCCCACAGUCGUGGCCCAAGGACACUGCCCAGCCCGCAUUGCUCGGGUCAGGGCCUCGAGGCACCCCAGCACAAGCACAGCCCAGUGGCCUUAAGUCCAGCUCUCUCCUCAUCCCUGGGUCAGGGCUGAUACCCCCCAGGGAUGGGACGGGAGUGGCCUGGGCCUUGUGGAAACCUCGGUCUGCAGGACCAGUGCUCUCGUGUGUCAUAAGAUCCCCGAGUGGGUGCCAGGUGAGGGGGGCACUGAGCAGAUGACAGCUGCUCUGCAAACCCCCUGGGAGUCUUGGGGUUCUGGCUGUGAAUGGCCACGCCGAGUUCCAGACCAUGGAUGCUCUGCUGUCCAGCCAGUUACGUGGGAGGGGUGUCAGUCCUAAAAAGUGUCACCUUGUUUUCAACCUUGUCCCCUUUCUACCACCCAUGGGGCACUGCUAGCACCAGGGCCCCCUCCCCAGGCCCUAAGACCUUGCUUGUCCCGAUCCCUGUGAGGCAGCUGGACCCACCCUCCUUGGCUCACACACCACGUGUGGCAUAACGGCCACAGCCUGCUAGAUGGGUGGGGGGCAGGCGGGGUUCAUCUUCUCCCCAUCCCUUGCCCAUGACACAUCUCAUAGCCUGUCAUGUACAUGCAUGGAUCUGUCUCCAGCUGGCAUCCUGGCCUGGGAUGGAGUGGCCUAAGAGCCACUAGGGUCAUGAGGGGACCUGGUGGCCACCACCUCGGGCCCCCAAUUCAGGGGCACCAGGCUCAGCUGCCACAACACUGCUUUUUAUGUGCUAAAGGACAGACUAGGCUUCUGUCGACUGCGAGUCCAAGAUCAGUUUUAAUAUAAAUGCGUGAGCUUGCUUUUUGUCCUCAAGCCAAUCUGCUCCAGCCUGUCCCUCUCUGAACCAUUGCUGAGGAAGGCACGUGGGCCCUUCUGCAGAAGCCCGGGGCACGCUGGGCCCCCCAUGCAUGGUAAGGGCCAGUCUCCGUGGAAAUGCAGUUUGCCUCCCAUGCUGGGGCCUGGGGGGCUCUGCCUGCCCCUCCACCCGUGAUGAGCAGCAACACGAGGGUAUUUACCCGGCAGUCAGUAAUCUCACUGCAAACUGAUCCUGUAAGGGCAGCCGUGUGCACCACCCACCCUACCUGCCCAGGUCUUCCUUCCAAUUUCUAUCUUUCUUGCUGCAGCUUCCACAGAGCUCAAUUAUAAAAAGUGGGAUUAAAAUGUCAGCCAUCCUAAGGCCCAA